AUGCUACCUUACCUGGUCACAGGCCUCUCGCUGGCGGUAGCUGCCUCUGCCAGCUAUCAUGGCAAUCUCAAUUACCGCAGCCCAUCGUCCAAGCAUCCUAGCAUGGGAAUCGAUGUUCCAAAAGUGGCGAAGCGUAGUCUCCAAGCCAGAACGGAUUCGUCUUCUUGGGACCCGAAUCAGCUGAAUUUCACACAUGGCGUGGCUUCGGGCGACCCCUACCCGCAUUCGGUCAUCCUAUGGACGAGGAUCUCCCCGAUGUUUGAAAACGAUAGAUCGAACGCUACAGUGGAAGGCACCGUGCCGCUAUACAACCACGACACCGAGCAGUACAUCAGAGCCUCCUCCAAUCCCGUUUGCGUCGAAUACCGCGUUGCUGGGGAUCAGGGGUUCUCAGACGUUGCUGAUCAUGGCACUGCAUACACAACCUCUGAUAUUGAUUAUACCGUUAAGAUCGAGGCCAAGAACCUCGAGCCCUAUACGACGUAUUAUUAUCAGUUCAAUGUCUGCGGAUCGAACAGAACCAGCCCCUUGGGAAGAACAAAGACGAGCCCCGCUGCUGACGACGAUGUUACCUCGAUCGGCCUCGCGGUCUUCUCAUGCAGCAACUAUCCCACCGGAUACUUCAAUGCCUACGGUAAUGCUGCUCGAAAGGACAACGUUGAUUAUGUUGUACAUCUUGGCGAUUACAUCUACGAAACUUCCGUGGGUGUCCUCGGGAGGGACCCGCGUGCCUCAAACCCUCCUCGCGAGAUCUUCACGCUGUACGACUAUAGAACUCGUCUAGCUCAGUACCGCACAGAUCUCGACCUUUUGUUGUCGCAUCGCCAGUAUCCAUGGAUACCUGUCUGGGAUGAUCAUGAGGUUGCAAACAAUGCCUACAGAGACGGCUCCAGCAGACUGAACAACACCGAGGAGUCCUUUGUCACUCGUGGACGUGUCAGCGUGGAUCAGCGCAAAAUGAACGCCGUACGUGCUUACUUCGAAUGGAUGCCUAUUCGCCAAGUCGAUAUGGAUGACAAUCUUCGUAUCUGGAGAUCAUUCUCGAUGGGCAAGCUCUUUGACUUGAUCAUGCUGGACACGCGCAACUACGACCGCAGCAUUACGACGCUGGGCUGGAAUAACAACUACAUUGACGAGAUAUCGAACGAUGCUGGCCGUACACUUAUGGGCUCUCAUCAAGAGAACUGGUUCUACAAUUCACUCUCGAGGUCGGCGGAGCGUGGCGCAGUGUGGCGUAUCAUUGGCAACCAGAUCAUCUUCUCGCGAGUAAACGUUUCGUCCUGGUUUGGGACGUUCGAGAAUCCAUACAACAGCGACCAGUGGGAUGGUUACAUGUCGAACAGGAACAGGACAUACCAACAUCUCUACGAAAACAAUAUUGGAAAUAAUGUGAUGUUGGCAGGAGACUCUCAUGCCAAUUGGGUGAGCGAUCUUGUGUGGUUCGAUGAAUCCGACUAUAACCCAGCCACGGGGGCCGGUGCCAUCGGCGUCGAGUUUGCCGUGACCGCGGUUUCUUCGACCGGAUAUGGCCGCUCCAUUCCUACCGGCAACAACCAGUCACGCCUGCUGGUCAGAGAUAACUCCGAGUUGCAAUGGAGCGAGGGUUACUAUCGUGGAUAUACCGAACUGCAGAUCAGCCCUGACUCUGUUAACGCAAGCUACUUUGGCUGCCCCUCCGUCGCCACACGCAACCCGUACGAAAUCAGCCUCGCCAACUUCACCGUCGUGGCCGGUGCCAACCACCUCAGCCGGCCGGUUGCGGGCGGGUCUGUGGAGUCGGGAUAUCUACAGCAGGGCACUGUGCGCUCGACGAACCUGACGCUCAACACAGAGACGGGCGCGUACUCCUACACCAACUUUAGCCAGAUGUUCAUCACGUAUCCGCCGGCGAACGCGUCGCGGCCUGCGAAUGCGACGGGAUAG